AGAGACAAAUGAAGAGAGAAGAGAAUGAUAGAGUAUACAUGUUUCUCGCAGGCCUUAAUCGAAGCCUGGAUGAGGUGAGAGGCAGGAUCCUUGGUCGAAAACCUCUACCAUCCAUCCGCGAGGUUUUCUCUGAAGUUAGAAGGGAGGAAUCUCGGAGGCGAAUCAUGCUACAUGAUUCGGAAACAAGUGUCAGCUCUAUAUCCGAAAAUUCUGCUCUUGUAUCUCGGGGGCCUGAUUCUGAGGAAGACAGGAGGAAGAAACCAUGGUGUGAACAUUGCAAGAAACCAUGGCAUACCAAAGAGACUUGCUGGAAAAUUCACGGGAAACCACAGAAUUGGAAGAAAGAAGGUUGGAAGAGAAGGAGCAGUAACGAUGGUCGUGCGUUCCAAGCAACAAAUGAAGAGCAAAUCAAGUCUGAUUUGGUUCCAUUCACAAAGGAACAGUUAGAGCACCUAUACAAAAUCCUUCAAUCUCCACAACCUUCUUCAAAUCCAUCUUGUUCUUUAGCCCAGAAAGGACUUGACCUCGGGGAGGACGAUUGGCAAUGCUAGAGAGAGUGGAGGACUCUAUUUCUUUGAAGAUGGAACAAGCUCAAGUAGACAAGUCCAGGGUAGUUGUUUUGAAUCUGUUACUCUUAGUAAGGAUGAUGACAUUAUGUUAUGGC